UAUUUUUUUUUCCUCCGAAGCGGACGCUUUCGGAGGAGCAGCAGCCGCGGACACGCCGGGGCCGAGCAGGGAGGAUGGCCGGGGGGCGCCUCCCGGGGCUGCUCUUCCUUUUGCAUGCCGUGGCGCGCCUAGCUGCCGAGCAAGAAGUUGAAAAUCUCUCUGGGCUCUCCCCUAACCCCGAAAAGGACAUUUUCGUGGUGCGGGAAAACCAGACGACGUGUCUCAUGGCGGAAUUCGCCGCCAAGUUCAUCGUCCCCUACGACGUGUGGGCCAGCAACUACGUGGAUCUGAUCACGGAGCAAGCCGAUAUCCCGCUGUCGCGGGGCGCCGAGAUGAAGGGCAAGUGCGGCACCAACGAGUCGGAGCUGGAGAUCUCCUGGCUGGAGCAAGCGUACACCCUCAAACUCUUCUUCCUGAAGGAGGGGCACAACACGUCCCGGGGGCAGGAGGCUUUCUGGAGGCUCAGCCGGAUCCAGUUCACCUACGACACCGCCGAGCGCACCUACUUCAAGGACGCCGUCAGCCCCGGGAAGCACACGGCCAACUCACACCAUCUCUCUGCCCUGGUCACCCCAGCUGGGAAGUCCUACAAGUGCCAGGCGCAGCAGACCAUCUCCCUCAUCUCCAGUGACCACCAGAAGUCUGUGCAGCUCUUGCUGUCAGAAGUACGUGUCCAGCCCUUCGACAUCACCGCGGAUUUUGUCUUCAGUGAAGAACACAAGUGCCCAGUGGACCAGAGGGAGCAGUUAGAAGAAACCCUGCCUCUGAUUUUGGGCCUGAUACUGGGGUUGGUUAUUGUGAUAACCCUCUGCGUUUACCAUAUCCACCACAAGCUGACAGCUAACCAAGUGCAAAUUCCUCGGGACAGAUCUCAGUACAAACACAUGGGAUAGGGGACAGGAUGGAGCAGCCCAUAUAUUUAUCAGGUAGAACAAGCAAAAGCACUUUUUUCUAAGGUGAGGAAAGGUUAUGGGGGGGGCGAGAGAUGGUAUUCACAACACCUAGUUUUGGGUAUUUCAUGGAGACGCACAAGUUAAGAUUAGGCUUUAAUCUAGUCAGUGCAGAGACAUAGCUGUCUCUGUAAGAAGACUCAGAGCAUCUGAUUUUAGGAGUCUGUCUGUGGCAGUAGGUGGUAUGAAUACCUUCUUAAGCAGCUGGGCUGAUGAUCUGGAAACAGAAAUGCUUCGCAUGUCAAACUUUAACACUGGGGGCAAAAUUAGCUUGCUUUUUUUUUUUUUUUUUUUCUCCUUUUUUCCCUCUCAAGAGACUCUUCCCUCCCCAAUGCGUUGCUCUUGGCAGUGUUCAGCACUCUCUGUUUAUGUCCGUGCAGGGAGCAGGGCUGGGGGACAGAGCCAUUGCACAGACUUCGUUAAGGUCCUCUAAUGAAGGGAUUCAAACCACAUUCCUGAAAUUUGCACUUAUGUCAAGGAAAGCAUGAAGGCAAUACAAGUGUGUUUUGAGGGGGAAAAAACCCAAACCAAAACAAAAAAAAAAAGGCCAGAACCUCAAGCUGGUAUAAAUGGGAGUAACUCCAGUGCAGCAGAUCGCAGCCAGCUGAGGAGCUGACCCCACACUUGAGACUGAGUGAAGAAAGUUUGUUUUUGCUUCUUGAGCCACAUCUGAACUAAACUUAAAAAAAUAAUUUAAAAAAGAGUAUUGAUACACAAAUUACAAAGUGCCAUGCUACUGCAAGUCAACUGAGAAAUGCUUCUGGCUGGACAUCCUGCACGUAUUGUGAUUGUUGUUGAGAUGUUACAUUGCUACCUGUAACCAAUAUUUUCACAAUGAAACAAACAAACAAAAAAGAAAACAGAAAUGUUAAAGUCACUAUGCAGAUUAUUCAGGUAUAAUCUAAUGUAACGGAAAAAAAAUAUAAGGGAACCCUUGAAAUCUAUCCUUAAAUGUAGACAAUUUUUAAAAUCAAUUAAAACAUGUACAUAUAUAAUACUUGAUUUGCCUUCUUAUUUUGAAAUGAUGUAAUGCUUUUUACUAACUCCAUGAUACCUAAUGGAAUUGAUGCAAAAAUACAUCGUCUGAAUGGAUAUUAAAUGUAGGAUUUAUUCUAGCGGUAUUUUUGGUACAGAUGGCUUGGUGAAGACAUGGUGGUAGCUCUGUAUUCUGUGAUUUGUUGGUUAUUUCUGAUAGUCUAAUCUCUCAGCUGUUUCUUUCUUAUGUAUUUUGUGGGCAAUGGUGUGUUUCACUCUGGUCCUGUCGAGUUCCCACUGAAACGUUUGGCUUCCCUUGGCUCUGGUGUUACUGCAGCAAGAGUUAGUCCAGACCUUGUGUUAGUUUAGGCUAUGGAAAAUACCUUCUUGGUUCUGAACUGAUUUGAUCCAAAUAGGGGCUCAUACAGACUGUUCUCUUUUCAGCUUAAAACAGGAUAAUAAGCAAAGAAAAAUAGCAAUUUCAAUGUCGAGAAAUAUGAGGGGAGAAACUUAACUGCUUUUUAAUGCUGCAGCCUCCUCUAAAAUUUAGUUGGUUUUGUUUUUUUUUUAUGAAGGUGGAUGCAGCAAGAGCCUUUCUUUAGUCCUGUCUUAUUCCUGGUCUCAUUUCUAUGUUAUGUUCAGCUUUUUGUUUUCUCGUUUGGACGUAAGAAGCAGAAUUACGGUGCUAAUGAAGCUU